AUGGGCUCGCCGAUUUCGGGAUUCGUCGCCGAGGCGGUCCUACAGCGGUUGGAGUCGCUGGUCUUCCAACACCACAAACCGAAAUUCUGGGCUCGGUAUGUGGACGAUACUUUUAUCGUCAUCGAGCGCAAUCAGGUGCUAACGUUCAAAGAACGUCUCAACAGCGUCUUCCCGGACAUACAAUUUACGAUGGAGGAGGAAGAAAAUAACCAGCUGGCAUUCCUUGAUGCCCUCGUCUGUCGCAAAGAUUGUGGUGGCCUUAAGACCAAAGUGUUCAGAAAAGCGACGAACACGACGCAAAUAUUGAACUUCAACAGUAACUGCCCAAUCAGCCACAAACGCAGUUGCGUAAGAACGCUAUACCGGCGUGUUGAGACGCACUGCAGUGAACCAGAAGACAAUGUUGCCGAAUCCCAAUAUCUUCGACGGGUUUUCAGAGAAAAUGGUUACCCGCGCAACUUCGUCAGCCGGUGCAUGCGCAAACGAGACGAGCGACAAAACCGUGCCGACCCCAAAUUCUGGCGAGCGAUCACGUACAUCAAGAACGUCUCUGAGGCCGUCAGCCACCUUCUUGCACCACUUGGGGUUGGAGUUGCACACAAACCGGAGGCCACCAUAAGGCGUCAGGUGAUGAGACAAAAUGACCCACUCCCACGGCAAGAAACAUUUGGAGUCGUUUACCGCAUCAGAUACAGUUGCGGACAAAGCAAAUACGUCGGAGAAACUGGAAGACUGCUCCGAACGCGAAUUGCCGAACACGCGGCAGCGGUACGGGGAAAUGACGUCAACUCUCAGGUCGCGGCCCAUUCAACCAGACCCGGCCACGCAUUCAAGUUCGAUGAGGCCGAAAUUCUCGCGGGAGGGGAUAAUCGUGUGAGCCGCGAGUUGCAUGACUCAUGGUUUACGGGACCUCAGUCAAUCAACAAGUUCAACGACAUCCCCACUCCAUAUUCCGUGCUGAGGUAUAGGCUGGCCAAGGUAAUUGACCACUCGGGGAGCGCGCUAGCCGGUGGGCCAGAUGGCCGAGCAACCACCGUGCUAGCAUCCAACACGGGUGAUGAGAUUUCAACAAUUAACGACUUGCAUGCCGGCCAUCAAGCCAUUAGCGCACCAGCGGGCAACAAUCCUUGA